UAUGUUUUGACAGUUUGUGAGUAAUUCGAGUAACUUUUUGGGAUUUGAGUUUUAUUUUGAUAUAUAAUUCCCGCAAAAAUUCAUCUUUUCUAUUAGAUUAGGAUAUGGCUCUUUUCCCUCUAGAAUCUAAUCCUGAGGUGAUGACCAAGUUUCUACAUAAACUUGGAGUUUCUGAAGAGUGGCAUUUGGCUGAUGUAUUGAGUUUCGAAGAUGAUUGUUUAGAUUGGAUUCCAAGACCAGCUGCAGCAUUCAUUCUGUUAUUUCCUUGCAGUGAUAAAUUUUAUGAGCAUGCAGCACAACAAAAAAAGGAAUUGCAAGAUCAAAUAAUAGUGCCUGAUCUGUAUUACAUGAAGCAAUAUGUUUCUAAUGCUUGUGGUACAAUAGCUCUUAUACAUUCUGUUGCCAAUAAUGUAGAAAGAAUUCCUCUGCAAGAUGGAAUCUUCAAAAAGAUUUUGGACGAUUCGAAAGAUCUUGACCCCGAAGAGAGAGGAAAACUCUUACAAGAUCUUCCAAAUAAUCCCUAUGUAAUGGAUAUGAUUAAUGCGCAUCAGGAAUUGGCACUGGAAGGACAGACGGAGCUGAACCCUGAUGAAAAAGUGAAUCAUCAUUUCGUUGCAUUUGUGGAAAAAGGUGGUUAUCUCUAUGAACUUGAUGGAAGGAAAGAAUUCCCUGUUAAUCAUGGAAAAACAACGAGACAAACUUUCGUCAAUGAUGCAGCGAAGGUGUGCAAGGAUUUCAUAGCAAGAGACCAUGAAGAUGUUAAUUUCACCGCAAUGGUUUUAACUAGCAGUGUUGAAUAAACUGGAAAUCACCAAAGGCUGCAAAAUACAUAUUCAUAUUCACAUAUGCAUUGUUCUUUCAUUGUUUAAUCGUUUUUUUUAUUAAAUAAAGCUUGGCAUUUAUAUUUUA